AUGAUUCCAUCCUCGCUCGGGCGUCUUCAGCGUCUAAGGCUCGACCUCGACGAAGAAAGUGAGGAAAGGAGAGAACUAUUACACAAGAACACUGAGUUGAGGAAGGAACUUGCCGCCCUCAAAGAAACUGGAAUCAGCGAUGCCCCAACCAGUGAUGCCGUCAAUCCGAACCCGGCUGCCACCGACAAUGCCGAGAUCGAGGCGAUAAAGGUUGAUACUAUGCGCGCGCGUAAGGAGAGCAAAUCCAAAAUCAAAACAUUAGAGAUAGACCUCGCCAAGGAAUCGGAGGCUAUAAAGCAGUCACCACCGACCGUGACAAGUGGCAGAAUGACUGCAGAAGAGUAUAGAAGGCCCUUAAGAGGAAGCGUAAGAAGUAACAACAAUCCUACUGCCGAGCGAGACCAUUUGAUCACCGAACGCGAUGAUCUCGCUGCCGAGCAUAACCGUCUGAUUAUCGAGCGCGACAGUAUGACUACCGAAUGCGAUAAUGCCGCUGUUAAACGCAACCGCGUCGCCGCUGAAUUUGUUGAUUAA